ACUCUACUGUGUACAAAGCUAAAGAAUUUCCAAGCUCACGGCAACAGGUUUCAAUUUCCUGAAGUCUUGAAAAUGGGUACAGAAUGGGCGAUGUGGGCUAAUGAACAAGGUGUUAUCGCCAGUGUUGGUAAGUAUGAGUGUUAGAAAACUGGUUACUACCUAAACUUAAAUAGCAAAGCCAAGCUGGUAUAUUUUCAUGUAUAGUAUUUUACGAAAGAUCUGAGACGCUUUUAUUAACGGUGACCAACGGUGCUGGAUGAUCCAAAAGCCUGCAAAGUCGAGUUAGCGUAACUUAAGCAUUUUUCAUUUGUGGUCAUUUUCUGCCGCAGUUGUUGUUCUUUGAACUCCAAUGAUACCCUAGGAUAGUUAUGUGUGUGUGUUUGUGUGUUUAGUCUUUGUAAACGUUGAAUCCUCUCAUCGCCUCUAAAAUUUCGUGCUUUCAAAUUUUUGUCGUGUUGAUGUAACGCAUCAGUGACCUUUCACAAUCACGUUUUUCUACUUGACAGUUCAAUAUAAGCUCAAGCACUUCCCUAUUAAAGUAAAGCUUAUAUUCACCUAUUUUUAUUCCCAUUUCAGUCUUACUUAUGGGAGGAAUACUUGGAACAGCCGCACAGUUUAACAAAUGGUAUUUUGCAGCCUACUCUCUGUAUCUUUUUUUUCUUCCAUUGAAGUAUGUGUAGGCAUGGGAGUUAGAUUGUGUUUAUGCUAAUACCUGUUUUGACGCAAGUCGUGAUCCUAAACGGAAUACGUAGACAAUAUCAGUAUGCGUCAUUAUGACUCAAGUGGGAAUAAUAUUUUGCCCAAGGAUGAUGAAUAUUGGUAAUAAUGUGCAAAUUCAAUUAUCAUUUUUAUCAAUGAAUUUAGCAUUUAUUAUUUUCAUUUAGCAUUGACAUGAACAAUUUUUCAACACUGUGUAGAUGAGUUCUAUGAAGUUUUUUAGUUGAUCCUAUGAUUUUAGAAAGGGUCAGUGACUGUAAAGAAGUUAUGGUCAUCUUUUACUUGACGUCUGUAUUUAUAACGUAACAAUGAUGCCCAUCAAAAACACCCUUGUUGUAAACUCAGCUAUUUUGGUAUUAAACUUCCUUUGUUGUUACUGAAUUUCAAUUAUCAACUUUUCACAAAGUUUAAAAAACUUCUGUCAAGCUGGUUUGGAGUUACUUUUAAUUUUCGUCAUAACAUGUCACGUGCUGUCUAAUUCACUCUGCUAAUAUUAUAAUGCCAAUUACACAUCCUUGUCACUAUGGAACUUAAAGAAUAACUUGUGAAUGACAAAAUCACAGCUUUGUGUCAAGUUUGUCCAUCCGAGCCUCUUUUUGUGUUUGUUGUGUUAAUAUACCUUCUUGGUGCCGGUUCCCAUCAUAUAAAUUUUAUUAUGAUACAUGUGGUGACACAGAUCCUUUAAUUUCAUUAAAGAAGUGGUCGCUAAAACACCCUCAAAAGCUGAAUGAUAAGCAGGCACAAAUCCGCUCUGGUUUUUUGAUUAAUCUGUCCUGCUAUAUCAGUUACACUGUAGUAAAGAGGUUCUACAAGUGAGUUGGAACCAGGGUCUUUUUUGCACCUCACAGUGUAUUAUCACAAGAAUAAUUUAAUAGUCAAUGUUCUUGUAUUAUUGAGUACUAAAUGCAAGUCCAAUAUUUCCUGAGUUAAAACUGUGAAUAACUUGUAUAGGAACACCACUAAUUUAUAGAUAUUAUGCCCACUGCUGGGUUUAUUACCAUUUCAUAAUAUUGAUCAUCAAACAUAACCAUUGUUUGUGUUUGUGGUAUUAGCCUAACAGAUAAAUAUACAAGUUUCUGUUAAGUUAUUCCAGGAGAUGUGAAACUUCUUUAACUAGUUUGAUCAGAGGUUUAGGAAUUCUUGUUUUGGUGAUUGAGUAUCCGAGAGGAAAAAGAGAGAAAGGGAAAAAGACCGUUGAAAGAUGGUAAGAUGUGUGAAGUGAUUUUGUUUAAUUAUCUUGUGAUUCAGCAAUUUAUAUGUUGUGCAUGCUUGUUAUCAUGUCCCAUCAAGUUUGAGAAACAAUAUUUAUAAAAGUGAGGUGGCAAUAAAUUUUUAUUUUUAUCUUUUUACAAAUUAUUAAGAAAGCCUUGGCUACUUACACAAAUAAUGCAAGCUUGAUGGUACUAUUAAUAAAAAUUAUUUUUAAUGCUAUUUCAGGAACCAGAAACCUUUUACAAGGUUUGUCCAGUUCUUUGGAGUCCUUGGAAGAAAUUACUGGGUUCGAUUUGUGUUUUACAUUCUGUAAGUAGCAAUUAUCAAUAUUUUAAUACUCAAUAUGCUAUUAGCCCUUUAAUUGGCCACCACCUGACAUUUUUAUCAGUUUUUCUGAUCACGUUUAUUUACUCAGACAGCUUAAUUACGGCAAUCCUGCCAUUAAUAUCGAAAGUUUUGGAUAUUAAUGUGACUCAAUAUGUCUUAAGUCUAACAGCCACUCAAAUGUAGAGACUUCUGACUCAUGUUGACUCUGGUAAUCUUUUUAUUGUGUUUAUUUUUAAGUAUUUUUCAAAAAUAUAUAUAAUUUUUUGUGAUUUUUUAUUUUGGCAUUCCUGAUAUUCCUGAUAUUUUGGCAUUCCUGAUAGUUACCAGUUACUAGUUACUACCUCCCUUCUGACAUUGUAUCUGCUAAUCUUUUAGAUACUUUUAAGAGCAUGUUAAUUGAAUACUUAUGAGGAGAUUAGUAUGAGGUGACCCUCUUCCAGUAUUUAUUUUUAUUAUUAUUAUUAUUAUUAUUAUUAUUAUUAUUAUUAUUUUUUACUAAAUUUUAAAUCUUUUUUUUUUAAAUUUAAUAUUAGUGCGAUAACUGUACAUAGUUUCUUCCUACUAAUUAUGUAGAUGUAGAUGUAGUCAUGAAAUUCACAUUUGUAGGAUUUCAUAUCCAUAUAAAUAUUAUACAAAAAGGUUUAAAUUUGGGAACCCCAUUAUUCAGAAUUGUACUAAACAGUAUCUCAGAAAAGAGUACUCGUUAGUUUUUACUUGAACGAUCACACAAGUGCCUGAAAAGCUUUUCUCAUAUAAUUUUGCUUUUUGAGGUCAUUGAAUGUGUGUCUUCAUUUAUGAUUUAGUUAAAAGAUGAUUGCCUGGUCCUUGCCACAAUUACCAUAAUUUUUCUGUUAAUAUUCAAAGUUUUGGCAGGGUUAGCCUCAUGUAUUGAUUCUCUCUUGUUUGAGAGGCAUUUAGUGUAAAAUAAUUUAUCAAAAGCACUUGUGAAACCUAAUUAUAAGAGAAAAGAGGGAUCAUCAAAAUGUUAAAAUACCUGUUUUAUGAAGUCCAUUGCUUGCUGUAAGUAUCAUGGGACAAUCAUUUAACUAUCUAACUAGAUAUAUGCUCUUGUUUUUAUCAAUAGUAUUAUAUUUGUCACUCUUAAUACAUUUUUCAAAGUGAUAGCUCUGUAAUUCUCGGUUUUCACUCAUGUGGGAAAGCAGAAAUAAAAAUGGAAACUUUUUAAUACAGAAAGUCUAGAAUCUGGGACAUGAAAGAAGAUAAAUAUACAAAAAGCCCUGCCAAGAAUCGGGUCAAUAGUUCAUAUGCGAGAUAUUCAGAAAAACGUUUUACCCAAAUUUAUGAAGCUUUGUAUGGAGACGCCAUGUUUGUGUCCCUUUCAGGGGCACAAAUAUGGCCACCAGAAACCAACAGAAACAUCUGUUUUUGAUUUUCCUACUUAUGUGUGAAUUCUUCGCUUGAGGAACUCAUAAAGAUUAAUCCGUAAUGUUUCGAACCCACAUAAGAGCUUUUCCGGCCACCAGCUAAAUGUCGCAUCACGCAAAAGCCUGGAAAUUCAAGCGUCCUGUAUCGCAAAACAAAGAACCCUUUUGAACCGAAAAUUUAUUUGUAUAAAGGUUUUAAGGUGCUCUAAUAUCACAUGAAAGUAGAAACUCAGAAGAAGCAAUUGAUAGUUUCUUAGUUUGAAUUUUGGUGAUGCCAUGUGAAAACCAAGAAUAGUAAGUUCACAUUAUACUGUUUUCUGUUUUAGUGCCUCUGUACCUUCAUGCUUCUUUUUAUCAACAAUCCUUGGAGGUGCAAGUCUGGUGUUUACAAGUCUAAUAUAUUUGCGAGCAGCAAUAGCAGGGGAGACAUGGAAACCAUGUUUACCUGAAAAGAAAGCCGAUAACACUAAGAAGCAAAGUGAACCUCCACCUCAACCACCGCCUAGAGGGCCACGAUCACGCAGCCUUGAUAACUUGGCCGUGGAGGAUGAUACCAAACAAAAUCAAGUCUAA